AUGACUUACAAAUUUUGCUUGCUGGCUGUGCUCAUCAUUAUUCCCAACGCGCAGUUGACGACCGCUUCAGAUGCAUCACCCACCGACCCAACACCAAGUGCUUUGCGGCAGGAUAAUUUCAUCGAAUGGAUUACUUCAAUAUUCCGUCCAACCACCACAACGUCUACGCCCAGUUCAACACCACCGACCACACCAACACGCAAUUGUCCAUCCUGCGCCUGUGGCACCAUAAACACCUUCCACCGCAUUGUUGGCGGUAUGGAGACCGAGGUAAAUGAGUACCCUUGGAUGGCAAUGCUGAUGCGACGCGGCGACUUCUACUGCGGUGGCUCGCUGAUCAAUGAUCAAUAUGUGCUAACGGCAGCGCAUUGUGUGCGCGGUUUUAAUAAACGCGUUGUGUCAGUGCGUCUACUUUCGCACAAUCGUACCGAUGGACGUGUGAAUACAAUCGAUCGGCAGCUGGAUUCGAUUGCAGUGCACGAUGGUUACAGUGGCAGGAAUUUGGAUAAUGAUAUAGCCUUGUUGCGUUUUACGGAACCACUUGAACUGCGCGAGCCACUGAGACCCGUGUGUCUCGCCGAGUUCGGCAAAACCUAUGAAGACGAGAUUGCUGUGGUCACAGGCUGGGGUGCGGUGAAGGAAGGUGGCUUCAUAGCGGAUCGUUUGCAGGAGGUACAAGUGCCCGUCAUGUCACAGGAGACCUGCCGCAAGAGCAAAUAUGGUGCCACUCGCAUUACGGACAACAUGCUCUGCGCUGGAUUUGCUGAGGGUGGUAAAGACUCCUGUCAGGGGGAUAGCGGUGGUCCGCUACAUGUGCGCCAUAAUGACACGAAGACCUACCAGCUGGCUGGCGUUGUAUCUUGGGGCGAGGGUUGCGCACGUCCUAAUGCGCCCGGGGUCUACACGCGUGUAUCGCAGUACCUGGAUUGGAUUGAGGAGCGCACGCGCGAUGCUUGUAAAUGUCAGCCGUCGAUGGGAGCAGCGAGUGGCGGAGGGACUGUAGUAGGUGAAAGUAGCAGCACAGAAAGUGCAGGCACGCUUAGUACAGAGACUAGUAUGCAAAGUGUGGCAGAUACCACAGUUACUUUAGGAGCAGGGGAAAGCAGUAAUGUUACAGAAGGGUCGAAAUUGUAA